AUUUUAUUUUUCUUAUUUAAUGCAUCUUAAUUAUAAGAUGUAAUGUUUUGAAAAGAUGUGUCCCGCCGAGUUUCUUGCCGGUCCAUAUUGGGAUACCCUCCUCCAAUUGAGGGGGGGGGGGGGGAUUUAAAUCUUCUCGGGUCAGAGGUGUAGGGUUAGAGCCGGUGUAGCUAUAUUUGACGUUCAUAAGCGCACUGUAAUAUGCCUACUUGAAUAAUAAACUAUCUUUAUCUUAUCUUUAUCUCUACUUAAAGCUACUUUUAUUUAAUAGUUCUUUAAACAUAUCUCUCUAAUAAUUUACGAAAUCACGUCCGAAUUUAAAUAUUAUUCAAAGUACUGUCAAAUUUUCUCUCUAAUUCUUCAUAUCACUGCAGCAAAUCGUAAAACUAAGUAAGUAUAGAUAUCCAGGUAACUCAGGUAACCAAAAGCCUACAAAAGGCCGUGCUAGCUCAUCCCGCGGGUACACAGGCAGAUGAAAGAGACCCAUUACUGUGCUUUGUGCCAGAUCUGGAACGGGGCACAGACAUAUGUUAACUAGACCACGCUCUAUCCGGCAGAACGAGUACGGAUACCUGUGAAGUACAGUGGCCAUCAGAUAGAUCGGGACGGUCAAGGUGUUGACAAUCAUUUGAACAUAAACUUUUAUUAUACAGACCAGGGAUGUCAAGAAUGUCGCAUUCACGAAUACGAAUGCGAAUCGGAAUGUCCAGGAUGCGAAUGUCCGAAUGCGAAUGCGAGUACGAAUGUUAGGGAAUAUGUAGUUGUUAUUAUUAUUCAUAAUUGAAAAAAAAUUGUUAGUACAUAAAACAUAUAUUAUGUUACCUUAGAAGGGAAUGUUAAGUGUUGAAAAAUGCUGUCUAUUGGUCAAAAUUCAUUACUUGAAAACAAUUUGCUCGCACUGCUCAUACGCGAAUCGACGAGACAGGACACGACCUGCACAAGUGCACACAUUCGCAUUCGUAAAAGAUUUGCUUUAUUUGAUGCGAAUGCGAAUGUGUAAAAUGAUGCGAAUAUUCGCGAUAUCCCUAAUAAAGAUUGUAGUAAGUGAAUGUUCCGAAGUUCAGAUAAAUAGUAUGAAACUAAGUAAGUAUAGAAAUCCAGGCAACUCAGGUAACCAAAAGGCUACAAAAGGCCGUGCUAGCUCAUCCCUGCCACUACCAUCAACGGGUUAGUCUGUACUGUACGUUGUCAGUAUUAUGAGAAGGUACUUAGAUAAGUAAGUAUGUCAUUUGUUUUUUAGGUAUAUUUUGAUAAUUUUUCUUGGACACGAGUUGUAACUACUAUAUUUUAAUUGAUCUACUGAAAUAUGUCUGUGCCAUGUCGAAGCUGUUAUUAUCUUAGAUACGAAAAACAUACGUCACUAAGAAAAACUUGAUGAUUUACGUCUUUUUAGAAGUUUAGCGGUUCGUGCUAAUCAUGGCAGGGCUAAGUAAGAUGUCUUAGCUAAGGUUUUUCAAGAUCUGGGCUAAUAAAAAAGACACCAGGGGGCCUAGCCAAUAUGACACACUUAUAUGAAGAUGACAAACGUAUCGGGAUGUCACAUAUUUCUAUACAUUAUUCAAGUUGCAGAAAGAAAAAGUGUAUAUCCCCUCCACGCUAACUUUUGAACCAUGGGUUCAAAAAUAUGAAAUCUACGGAACUCUACACUGAGCAUGACCCGACCCGUAUGAAUGCUCAUAAUAUACCUACUGAUUAUAUUGCAAAAGUUUACAUAUGCCCAGGGUUGCCACGUGGAAAAACAUCCUGGCAAAGUCCGGCCAUCUCCUGGACGGUCAUUUCACUCAACUCCGAACUUAGAGCUGACAUGUAGUGACUUUAAAAAAAAACAUUGGACAUAUCAUACCGUUAGAAUUGGCAAUCAAAUUACCUAGCUUGAACCCUAAAUGGAUCAUUGAAGUUUGUGACCGUACCUAAUUACAGUUUUUAUAAAUUAUAUCCACCUCAAACAAUUUCAACAACACUUAUUUCCUCACCCAAACAACCCGUUGUUUAUAUUUCCAGUCACACUUCAAUACACCUAAACAACAAGACUCAUUUUAUUUUCUUUGCUACGGGUUGCCAUGGCUACCCACAGUAUUACAACACAGUUGCAAAAUGCAUUAUUUUUCUCUCAUCUCUCGAUUUUCCUCUCAAUAUUCGGAUUCCGGAAUUCGCUAGUCCCUAUAAACUAUUUCUUGAUCUAAAGCUCAUGGCAUGUUCUUCCGGCCAAACAGGUAUUGCAGAACCGCAUUCAUAUACACUCAACAACGUCUUUAUUACAAAGGUUAAAGGUCGAAUAUAGCAUGUUUCUUGAACUUUGUUAACUUGGUGAAGGUAGCGCUUAACCAACCUUUUCAAGCUCUCGAUAAAACCCUUAUUGGAGGGUUGUAAGGUUGAUUUUUGCUUAUAUUUCUGUAUUAUGGUGUUGUAGGUCCUUGACCGCGGUAAACUAUAGGUGCGCGCGCAGUGUACCGCGAGACAGGUGCGCGGGAGCACGCACUUUUCGUUUUUACGUUUCGUUUUACGUCAAUAGUUUCGUUGUCAGUUUUGUUACGGGAAAGUGGCCGUUUAGUUACGAGUUUGUGAUUCUGUGACAAGAUUUUGUGUGUGUCUAGUUGAAGUUAGAUAAUUCAUUAAAAAUAUUGAAUAUAGUGUACAUAUGUGCGUCAGACUUGUUGUUUGAUGUGUUGUUUCUUGUUGGAUUUAAGUGACAUGGGAUUUUGAUUGGAUUACUUAAUUGAAGCCCGAAGAUGUCCGCCGCGGGGGUGGUAAACAAGGCCUUCGACGCGGGCGACGAUGGUUUUCACACCAUCGACCUGCGACCGCGCCGAGACGCACGGGCCACAAUGCGUGAAUCAGAACCGGAACUCGAUCGGCAGACAGAGUCCGGGCCCGAACUGAGAUGUGGUUGGGGCGCGCUGCGACCGUGUUGGCUGCAGCGCUUCAGGACCGCGAAAUGGGCGCUUUUCUGGCUCUGCUGGGCCGGCGCCGUUCAGGGUAUGGUGGUGAAUGGGUUUGUGAACGUGGUGAUCACGACGAUUGAGAAGAGGUUCGGGCUCAGGUCUAUGCAGACGGGAGUUAUCGCUGGAGGGUACGACAUGGCAUCAUUCAUCUGCCUAGCCCCAGUCACCUACUUAGGCGGGCGGCAGGGCGCCUCCAAACCUCGCUGGCUGGGCUGGGGCGCCCUCAUCAUGGGCGCUGGCUCGCUCAUGUUCGCUCUACCUCACUUCCUGGUGCCACCCUACAGGGCCGCCCACAGGGAGCAACUGGACGUCUGCCAUGGAAACAGUACCGUGUCGUCCUACCUCUGCGAGGAUUCAGGGCCAGCUGAAGGCGGGUCCUGGGCGGUGGCCAUCUUCGUUCUGGCCCAACUGCUGCAUGGUGCUGGAGCCACGCCGCUGUUCACUCUGGGAGUUACUUACAUUGAUGAGAACGUUUCGAAGAAGAUGUCAUCAGUGUAUCUUGGUGUGUACUACACAAUGGCCGUGGUGGGCCCAGCGCUGGGCUACGUGGUGGGUGGGCAAAUGCUCAAGAUCUACACAGAUUUCGUUACCGUGGACUCCGAAGCCCUCGGCAUAACGCCAGUGAGCUCAGUUUGGAUUGGCGCGUGGUGGGUCGGGUUUCUGCUGUCAGCUUUACUCUGCCUCAUUGUAGCAGUGCCACUGCUGGCAUUCCCCUAUGAGCUACCAGGUGCUGAAGAAAUCCGCAACUCCAAAGUCUCCGAAGCCCACGAAUCAGCCUCCAAAUCCGCCGCCUUCAGCUCGCUCCGAGAGCUGCCCCGAGCGGCUACAGCGCUACUCCGGAACCCCACGUUCCUGUUCCUGAACCUGGCGGGCGCCAGCGAGGGCAUGCUGAUAUCUGGCUUCGCCGCGUUCCUGCCCAAGCUGAUAGAGAACCAGUUCGCGGUUAGCGCGUCAGAGGCUGCUCUGUUGUUAGGUGUUAUCACAGUCCCCGCUGGCGGAGGUGGAACAUUCCUCGGAGGCUGGCUGGUCAAGCGCUGGAACCUCGCCUGUGCCGGCAUCAUCAAGUUAUGUGUAGCGGCCACAUUGGUUGCUGCUGCCUUUACGUUUAGCUUCGUGCUGACGUGUGACGAUUAUCCGUUUGCUGGCGUCACUGUGGGAUAUAACUCGCCUAGUGUGCCUGGCUCUGACCGAUUGGCGGCGGCCUGCAACACGAACUGCGGGUGCUCGGGCUCGGCGUUCGCGCCGGUGUGCGGCGCCGACGGGCUGGCGUACUACUCGCCGUGCCACGCCGGCUGCGCCCGCGGCGCGCUGGCCGGCGCGGCGCGGCUGUACAGCGACUGCGCUUGCAUCGCCAAUGGGACCUCCUUGUAUAGUGUUCCAGAUUCGAACGUAUCAGUCCCGUACGAAGCCAUCAACAGCAUCUGCAGCUCAUCCUGCCCGUAUCUGUGGCUGUUCGUCUUCCUCUCUUUCUGCGUCAUGCUGUUCACAUUUAUAGCUACCAUGCCUGCACUUUCUGCAACGCUAAGAUGCGUGCGCGAAGACCAGCGUUCUUUCGCCCUCGGUAUCCAAUGGAUCAAGGUCCGUCUUCUGGGUACCAUCCCAGCUCCAUUACUCUUCGGGUUCCUCAUCGAUUUAUCGUGUUCCCUGUGGGCGCGGACCUGCGACCGCUCUGGGGCUUGCUUGCUUUAUGAUAACUACAAUAUGAGCAGGUACAUGCUAGCCCUAGCCCUCCUAGGCAAGCUCUGUUCUCUUCUCUUCUUCUUCCUAGCCUGGUGGUUCUACCGACCGCCAGGCGGCAAGACCGGCAACGCCGUCGUACCUUCUGUAGACCUUGUGGUCUGCGCCGAGAAGACCAACGGGGUUGCCAACGGUAAUGUUGCUAACAAUGUUGCCAACGGAGACAAAGUGGGGAACGGGUAUUGUAACGCGGCGUUGGAGUGUAGUGAGCAUUUGUAAGACUAUUGGUGUUUGGUAAAGGACUUUUUAAGUAGCCUGGUUUGGUAAUGGAAGUUAAGAUAUUCUGAUUUUGGCACCCUUUGAUACGAAUAGCAUUAUACUAUUUUAUAAAGAAUUUACAUAGGCAGUAAAGGCAAAAGGUAACAGUGAACCUCGCUGGAAUAAAUAAUGGAUAUGUUGAAUUAUGUUUUACACAAGUUAAAGCGUUUUCUGAAUAUUCAACAUAGGUACCUAUAACUACAACACACUUUGUUCUAACAUACUUAAACUCUUUUUGUUUAACACACUUUGUUUUGUUUGUUUUGUCUAUAACAUAUUUUGUUCAUAAGCGCGGUGGCGGGGCAAGACCAACAUUUUAUGUGGGCUAGGUACAUUUAGCGAGGCCCUCUGGUGGCGCAAGAAAUAACGAACAUUUUUAUGUUGUGUCCGAGAUAUUAUACUCAUUUGAGGCGCGAGGCCUCUCGGACCGCGAGGCCCCUCGGACCGCGAGGCCGUAGGCGGAGGCCCACGUCGCCCACGCCUAACGCCGCCUCUGCAAUAUUACUAUUGUAAUAUGCCUACUUUAAUAAUAAACUAUCUUUAUCUUUCUUUUUAAUUGUUAUUUAAUUUCAAGGGGUUGCUAGAUUUAGAUUUGUCUUGGCUCACAAGGUACAUUUAUUACCUAAAAAUACCUAAUACUUAAGUAUCCAGUAUUUUAUAUUUAGGUAAACAGGUGAAUGGUAAUUUUACCAAUUUUGAAUCCUUUUGUUUUAAGUAGCUUUGCGCGAAAGUCGGUAUAAAUAAGUCAAUUUUAUCGAUACGUUGUAACUAUUUAUUGUUCUAAAAUUAUUGAUAAAUUGGUACUAAUAAUUAUCAUAAGGUACAUACCUAAAUACCAGUCGCAAAUUGCAUUAUAAGUUAGUACCCUUUGGGAACUUGAGAAAAAUGUGGGUAGUUUAAAAAAAAUAGAUUUCAAAAACUUUAACGAGGUCAUUUAUAGUAAUGUUUUUUGAUCAUAGUGAUUCGGCGUAAUAAAAGUGAUCAAUUAUGCAAGUUAAAAAAAUAAGCUUAUGUAAUCUAACGAAAACUAGAACUGCAAUAUUUUGAUUUAUUAACCUUUUAGAUGCCAAUGACGGAUAUAUCCGCACCGUAGGUCCAACGCCGAAGACGGAUUAAUCCGUCACAGAUCACAGAACUUUAUGCAUACGCCAUGUUAAUACAUGGCGUAUGCAUAAAGUUCAAUUUCAAUUUUGACACUUCGGUGCCGUGGCGUCCGAGUGACAGCUUUUGUGCUUGACACGGCGUCGGAUUUAUUUGACGGUUUUUACUGUUAUUUAGAACUACCCUCGAUUUAUUCAAAAUAUUUUAACGCAUGUACAUUAAUCAUUCCAAACAUUCUUAGGGACCUCCUGGGCUCCUGACUUGUCAGUGCAGUAUCGAUAUACAAUAUUACGCAGUAUUUUAUUUGGCUUGGGGGCCUAGCCAAGAUGGCAAUGGUUCACAGAGAAACGAAACGAAACACUCUGUCUCUAUCCCACUAAUAUGGAAGAGUGAUAAAGAGACAAUAGCAUUUCGUUUUCUGCUAAGGAUUGUCAUCUUGGCUACACCUCUUGAUCGGCAUCCGCAUCAAUCGGGUAUUCAGGUAGCAGUACUAAUUUUGCACCGAUUCCUUACUGCCAAGUCAGGAAGGGCUUAUUGCACUUAUCCUGCCGUCGCGCCCGAACAAGGUCGUUUUCGGCUUCACGAAAUAUAAGAACAUCGUUAACAAUAUAUGACAUGUAAAAAAUAUUUUGUCUCUAAUUGCCUAAAAUGUUUCAUAUUUGAUGUUGGCAGUAUUUUUUUACAUCAAAAAACAUUGUAAAUGAUUUGCUAAUAUUUCGUGAAACGGAAAACGAUCCUUUAGCCCGAUAUCGGUUCCGACGACGGCUUCGCCGUCACGGUCGGUCGUUCGCUGUCCGAAGGCAGGAUAAGUAGUUAUAAUAAGCACCUUAGGUUAGGCAAAGAUUCAUUCAUUGUAAUGUAUAAAAUCUAAGACAUAUUCGUGCCUCGGAUUUGACAGUGUAGGUGGCACUAUUCAGUCUGUACAUUAUGCGGUAACUGUCACAAUCAAGUUUCCUAAAAGCCUACCGCGAACACUGAAGUUCGCGAAUUGCCGGCAUCUUUCUUUGUCACUCUAAUUACGUCUUAAUUGGAGCAAAUGAGAAAGAUGCCCGCCGUUUGCCCCUCAGUGGUGUUGUGGUAAUAUGGCGCCAUAUAACGCCAUCUGCAGGUGUCAAACUCAGAGGCACGAUUUUUUCGUAGAGUUCGGUCAAGGAAUUUAAUUUCAGCACCAUUUCGUUCCUUGUUACAGUGACAAUAGUAUGAGGUCCCUAACGACUUUCAUAUUGAUUGUCACUGUGACAAGUUACGAAAUGGUACUGAAAUGAUAUUAUUUGACACAAUCAAUGAAUAUUUGAAUAAGGUCUGAUUUUUCAAACAUCAGAUAAAAUUAUCCGUCUGCCUCUUUCUUUCACAAGCAAGAAGAAAAAGAGAGUGUUAUCUUUAUCUAACAGAUAUUUUAUCUGAUGUUUGAAAAAUCAGACCUAAGCCGUUUUAAUUGUAAAGUAUCUGUGAUGUGUAGUUUUAACGAUAUUUAUGUAACCGUUCAUAUUACUUUAGGGUUUUUAAAGUUGUAUUAUAUUUGAUUAUUAAUUAAGCGUGUGUAAUUUUAUAAAAAUAUUAAUUGACACUUAUAGUGUUUUAUACGAGUUAAUAGAUUAUCGGACUUGGUUAACUUUUACUAAGCCAUUUUCAACACAUGUUUCCCGAGAUUAAGACCUUUUUUGAAGAAUUUUUUGACCAUAACCUACAACCGAGUUCGUUUCUCUAUUAUUUUCCUUUGAUCGCCAAGAACGCCUUUACACGCGAACGGGAAACGUCAUGACGUGUAUCCGCGUCAAGAAUGAAUAGAUAAGUAAAUUCUGUAAUGCAAAUAAUAUGAUUCUGUAAUUAAUUAUUAUUCUAGUCCUUAGCUGCUACUAAGUUCUGAUUUUAAAUAGAUGUAUAAUCGAACAUAAUUUCGUCCACGGCGGAAAAUUGAUAAGUCGAGAGAAAAAUAUGCAGAAAUUUUAACCUUAUGUACUUAACUGUAUUUUAAGUUCAAAUUUCUUUAAUUUAUAUCUCGAGUUAUCAAUUUCUUCCCGCCGUGUCCCGAAUUAGACUAUCUUUUUAUGAAUUUCGGAGCUUUGCGUGUGGUGUUAAAGCAAGUUUUUGGAGACCGGGCUUGGCAAUCAAAGGGUUAAAUGUAAAACAUAAAAUAAUCCAAAUUUUGCUGCGCUAAGCAAAACAAUUAAACCUAAGGUAAAUACUAGACUAGAAAAGUACAAUGUGUAACGGCACAAUUUUAAUAUAUUUAAUCGGAUAUAAUUAUUUGGCCACUUAUUUAUGAAGGUUUGUUGUUAUUUUACGAUGUAAUUGUGGUACGACGUAUGAGUAUAUGACAUUGUAUUUUCGUUGCUAGAAAUUGUAAUACAUACAAAUGAAUUAGAGCGAAUAGAAGUUCUGUACCUUUGCAUAAUUUUAGCCAGACAUCUAUGUCUGGCUAUCUAUAUUAAAUAUGUUAUGUAAAUCUUCAUACCAAGUUUUUAGUUUUAUGUGGCCUGUUGAGGUGGCUUUUUGGCGAAGGGUCCGUGUGACUUUUAAGAGGAAAGGGGACGGCCGUUUUUCCUAUAAACGAAGUCCACAUUUUCCUCUCUAGAUUAAAAAAUAUCUUCAUCUAUGAUGAAAAUAUAUUUAAAGGGAAAUAUAUUUACGUAAUAAAAUAUAAAUAUAUUUGAUGGAAAAUAUAUUUACGUAAUUUGAUGUAUUAUUAUUCAUUAUUAUUCAGAGCCCAGUGUGUCCCACUGCUGGGCAAAGGCCUCCCCCCUCUUUUUCCAUUCAUCUCUGUUUUGGGCUAUAUCUGGUCAGCCUCUCAAAAAGGAGUCCAAGUUAUCCCGCCAUCGCCGACGAGGUCUACCGGCUCCUUGGUAAGACUCGUGGGGCUCCCACUCAGUGGUUAUCGUGGCCCACAAGUCGUUCGGCAUUCGGCAGACAUGACCAGCCCAGUCCCAUUUCAAGCCGCUUUCCGAGCUACGUCUAUUAUUUGAGUCUUGGAGCGCAGCGUGGUGUUUCGGACUUGAUCCCUUAACCUUUUGAACGCCACGCCUUUUGCACGGGGCGCGUAAUCGUGAAUCUUGUCAGUACGCAUGAAGGUUGAUAUUGGGCUGUAGCCGCGCGCGUCAUAUGACGUCUUUGGCGGUCAAAAAGUUAAUUUAACUCCUAAUAUGCUGCGCUCCAUGGCUUUCUAGCAAACCCCGAGUUUGGACUUCUGAGCUUCCGUCAGACCAGGUCUGAGCCUACGUUUCAGUGACAGAGGUAGGUCUCCCUUCAUCAGGUGUUUCAUGGACCAAUAGCUUUUCCAGGCGUUGUCGGUGCGUCUUUGGACCUCUUUGUCCUGUCGCGCCUGUAAAGAGACUAUUUGACCCAGAUAAAGGUAUUCUUGGACAUAUGCGAUGUGUUCUCCGUUUAUCUCAAUCCCACGUUUUGUGCUGUUAGUCAUGACCUUGGUCUUUGACAUACCUAUUCAUCUUCAGUCCAACAAAUUUUUCAAUAAUGUUCAUAUCCAGAGAGGAAAAUGGGAACUACGUUUGUUGAAGGUUUUCAGAGUAAAGA